CUAAUCGUAUAAAAGCGCUGUGUUUGUUAGCACAAGCUCAGAAAGCGAGGCUUCGUUCGAACAUACUGUGUAAACUUUAUAUACAUUACAAAAUUCAGAAUGAGAAUGACAAACGGAAGUAUGCUGACCAUUUUAUUAAUAUGCACAGCUGUUUCUGCAACAAGUUGGACGAAUAAAGAGAAAGAAAGAAACUAUAGAGUUGAAGAAAUCAAAAAUGGUCAGCGAUUUGACUGGACUAAAAUCAACGAGAAAUGUGAAGAUGAACACCCACAAUGCAAGAGCUUCACCAAAUUAUGUAAAUACAAAAUUGUAACUAACAAAUGCAAGGAUACGUGUGGUUACUGCCGUGCUCAAGCUGCUCCAGUAGAUUGCAAGAUUACGAAGCACGGUUGUUGCUGGGACAACCGAACUAUUGCCAAGGGACCACAUAACAAAGGAUGUCCAGCUUGCGUAGAUAAAUUCAGUGAAUGCAAAUUAUAUUCAUCACAGUGCAGCAAACAGCAGUUCCAACUUAUGUGUCCAGUGACGUGUCGCAUCAAAUGCAGCCAAUGCAUUGACAACCAAUAUCAAGCAAAGAUAUGUCCGCUUUACAAACGGCAUGGGUUCUGCAAAAUAUCCCCUGACUUAAUGGAGAAAAUGUGUUCAAAGACAUGUGGGUUUUGCGCUACGUAACAUUGGAUUAAUUGUAAAUUGACUAAAUAUCUGGCCGUUUGGAAGUUUAUUUCACGUCAAACCCUUUCUAUUUACUCAACUACGCAACAAUCACUAAACCAGAUACAUUUUUGUUAAGCUGUGAAAAAACGAAAGAUGUGUUGGAUUGAAAGUUUGAGGAAAUUAAUGUGCAAAUAAUGCGGACCAGAUUUAAGAUCUGUAGAUAAAUGCUGGACAUUUUACCCACGUGUCAGACAGUAAAAAUGUAAAUAAUUAUGUAGCAUUAAUCUUAUUUAAAUAAAACCGUAUUUUAUCACA